AUGCUGGGCUGGUGCGAAGCGAUAGCCCGUAACCCUCACAGAAUCCCAAACAACACGCGAACUCCCGAGAUCUCAGGGGAUUUGACUGAUGCCUCACAAACCUCCACAUUGAAUGAAAAAUCCCCAGGACGAUCUGCAAGUCGAUCAAGUAAUAUCUCAAAAGCAAGCAGCCCAACCACAGGAACAGCUCCCAGGAGCCAGUCAAGAUUGUCUGUCUGUCCAUCCACUCAGGACAUUUGCAGGAUUUGCCACUGCGAAGGCGAUGAAGAGAGCCCCCUCAUCACACCCUGUCGCUGCACGGGCACCCUGCGCUUUGUCCACCAGUCCUGCCUCCACCAGUGGAUCAAGAGCUCAGACACGCGCUGCUGUGAGCUCUGCAAGUAUGACUUCAUAAUGGAGACCAAGCUCAAGCCCCUCCGGAAGUGGGAGAAACUGCAGAUGACCACGAGUGAAAGGAGGAAAAUAUUCUGCUCUGUCACAUUCCACGUCAUCGCCAUCACGUGUGUGGUGUGGUCCUUGUAUGUCUUAAUAGAUCGGACAGCGGAGGAGAUCAGGCAAGGCAAUGACAAUGGUGUCCUAGAAUGGCCAUUCUGGACAAAACUGGUUGUUGUGGCCAUCGGCUUCACAGGAGGUCUCGUCUUCAUGUAUGUACAGUGUAAAGCCUACGUCCAGUUGUGGCGCAGGUUGAAGGCCUACAACCGUGUAAUCUUUGUGCAGAACUGCCCAGACACUGCCAAAAAGCAGGAGAAGAGCUUCUCGUGUAACAUAAACACGGACACCAAGGAUACGGUCGUGGUGCCUGUGACACAAACGGGUCCAAAUCCCCUGCCCUCCGCAGAAGACAGCCCUCCGGAUGUGAUGCCCGUGUGA